GGUAAUUGAUAGUCGUGUACACCGAAUGCAUGCUGGGUUGUGUUAUGAAUGGAAAAGGUGAAACAUCACAUAGCUAAACAAAAAAUAUCUAUAUCGUAAAUAAAUGAUAAAUUCGACCAUGAAAUUGUAGAAGGGUGGCACUCACGUCAGCGUAAGAGGGGAGAUAACCGUUUAUAGGAAGUAAUAGGUUGUCUGCUGACGAGUGAGCGUGCUCAAAGCCGAGCAGAAUGUACGCCGUGUACCGACAAGCGCACUCCCCGACCGCCAUAGAGUUCUCCGUUUACUGCAACUUCAUCUCUAACGAGGAGAAAAACCUUGUGGUGGCAGGCACUUCUCAGCUAUACGUCUAUCGGAUCAUACAUGAUGUGGAGAGUGCAGCAAAGACAGAGAAGCCAUUGGACGUCAAGAGUCGCAAGGAGAAGCUGGAGCAAGUGGCAGCCUUUUCGCUGUUUGGCAAUGUCAUGUCCAUGGCCAGCGUCCAGCUCGUUGGAGCCAACAGAGAUGCCCUCCUGUUGAGCUUCAAAGAUGCAAAGCUGUCUGUGGUGGAGUAUGACCCAGGGACCCACGACCUGAAGACUCUCUCUCUGCAUUAUUUUGAGGAACCAGAGCUCAGGGACGGGUUUGUCCAGAACGUGCACAUUCCAAUUGUCCGCGUAGAUCCAGAGAAUCGCUGUGCUGUCAUGCUGGUUUAUGGCACCCAGCUGGUGGUGCUUCCAUUCAGGAAGGAUACCUUGACUGACGAACAGGAGGGCAUCGUGGGGGAGGGGCAGAAAUCUAGUUUCCUUCCCAGCUACAUAAUUGACGUUCGAGAGUUGGACGAGAAACUAUUGAACAUCAUCGACAUGAAGUUCCUCCAUGGCUACUACGAGCCUACUCUGCUCAUUCUGUAUGAGCCCAACCAGACAUGGCCAGGACGCGUGGCUGUUCGCCAGGACACGUGCAGCAUCGUGGCCAUAUCCCUCAACAUCAUGCAGAAAGUGCACCCCGUCAUCUGGUCCCUCUCCAACCUGCCCUUCGACUGCACUCAGAUCUUGGCCGUGCCCAAGCCCAUCGGCGGUGUGGUGGUGUUCGCGGUGAACUCCUUGUUGUAUCUGAACCAGAGCGUGCCACCUUACGGUGUUUCGCUCAACAGCCAGACGAACGGGACUACUGCUUUCCCUCUGCGGGUACAAGAGGAAGUGAAGAUCACUCUGGACUGUUCCCAGGCCACAUUCAUUGCCUCAGACAAGGUGGUCAUUUCUUUAAAAGGUGGAGAAAUAUACGUUCUGACCCUCAUCACCGACGGCAUGAGGAGCGUGCGGGCGUUCCACUUCGACAAGGCCGCCGCCAGUGUCCUGACCACCUGCAUGAUGACAAUGGAGCCUGGGUACCUGUUCCUGGGGUCCCGCCUGGGGAACUCCCUCCUCCUCAAAUACACGGAGAAGCUGCAGGAGGCGACGGUAGAGGAGGGCAAGGAGAAGGAGAAGCAGGAAGAACCGCCUAAUAAAAAGAAACGAGUGGAUUCUUCUACCAACUGGACAGCUGGUAAGGCCCCGCUCCUGGAUGAGGUGGACGAGAUCGAAGUGUAUGGAAGUGAGGCCCAGUCAGGCACCCAGCUGGCCACCUACUCUUUCGAGGUUUGUGACAGUAUAUUGAAUAUUGGUCCCUGUGCCAAUGCUUCUAUGGGAGAGCCAGCCUUCCUCUCUGAAGAGUUCCAGAGCAAUCCGGAGCCAGAUCUGGAAGUGGUGGUAUGUUCCGGGUACGGGAAAAAUGGCGCGCUCUCUGUGCUGCAGAGGAGCAUCAGACCCCAGGUGGUCACCACCUUCGAGCUGCCUGGCUGUCACGACAUGUGGACAGUUAUCUCUUCCGAGAAGAAGGAAGUGGAACAGCCAGCGGCGGAGGGAGAGGGGGACACGCCCGAGGAGCAGCCCCCCGAGCCCGCCCCCGAGGAGGACAAGAAGAAGCACGGCUUCCUCAUCCUCAGCAGAGAGGACUCCACCAUGAUCCUGCAGACAGGCCAGGAGAUCAUGGAGCUGGACACCAGCGGCUUUGCCACGCAGGGCCCCACGGUGUUUGCAGGGAACAUCGGGGACAACAAGUACAUCAUCCAGGUGUCCCCCAUGGGCAUCCGGCUGCUGGAGGGAGUGACGCAGCUGCACUUCAUCCCCGUGGACCUGGGCUCCCCGGUGGUGCAGUGCGCCGUGGCCGACCCCUACGUCAUCGUCAUGACGGCGGAAGGGGUGGUCACCAUGUUCGUGCUCAAGACGGACUCGUACAUGGGGAAGACCCACCGGCUGGCCCUGCAGAAGCCGCAGGUGCACACGCAAUCUCGCGUGAUCACGCUUUGCGCGUACCGGGACGUGAGCGGGAUGUUCACCACGGAGAACAAGGUGGCGAGCUCGGCCAAGGAGGAGACCAUCACCCGCAGCCAGUCGGAGACGGAGACCAUCAUCCAGGACAUCAGCAACACUGUGGAUGACGAGGAGGAGAUGCUGUACGGAGACUCCAACCCCCUCUUCAGCCCCACGAGGGAGGAGCCCAGCCGCAGCGCCUUGCUGUCGCAGUUCGGGGCGGAGCAAGGGUCCAGCAGGGCGGAGCCCACGCACUGGUGCAUGGUGGUGAGGGAGAGCGGCGUCAUGGAGAUUUACCAGCUCCCGGACUGGCGCCUUGUCUUCCUUGUGAAGAACUUCCCGGUUGGCCAGCGAGUGCUGGUGGACAGCUCCUCCGGCCAGUCAGCAGCUCAGGGGGAGGGCAAGAAGGAGGAAGUCACACGCCAGGGAGAAAUCCCAUUGGUCAAAGAGGUCGCCCUGGUGGCUUUGGGCUACCGACAAAGUCGGCCCUACCUACUGGUCCAUGUUGACCAAGAGCUUCUCAUUUAUGAGGCAUUUCCAUAUGACCAGCAGACUCUGAGCAACUUGAAAGUGCGCUUUAAAAAGUUACCCCACAACAUAAAUUUCCGCGAGAAAAAACUGAAGACGUCGAAGAAGGACAAGAAGACGGAGGGCGGUGCGGGAGAGGACGGCUCAGGGUUCAAAGGUCGCGUGGCCAGGUUCAGAUACUUCGAAGACAUAUCCGGCUACUCUGGGGUGUUUAUCUGCGGGCCCUCCCCGCACUGGAUGCUGGUGACCGCGCGAGGGGCAAUGAGGCUCCACCCCAUGACGAUCGACGGCCCAAUCGAAUCCUUUUCCCCCUUCCACAACAUCAACUGCCCCAAGGGCUUCCUCUAUUUCAACAAGCAGGGUGAGCUGAGGAUCAGUGUGUUGCCCACCUAUCUCUCAUACGAUGCCCCGUGGCCUGUUCGAAAGAUCCCGCUGCGAUGCACUGUGCACUAUGUGACCUACCACGUGGAAUCCAAGGUCUAUGCUGUUUGCACAAGCAUAAAGGAACUCUGUACCCGCAUUCCAAGGAUGACUGGAGAGGAAAAAGAGUUUGAAACCAUCGACAGAGAUGAGCGGUACAUCAACCCCCAGCAGGAGAAGUUUUCCAUCCAGCUGAUCUCUCCCGUCAGCUGGGAAGCAAUCCCAAACACUCGCAUCGACCUGGAGGAGUGGGAGCACGUCACCUGCAUGAAGACGGUGGCGCUGAAGAGCCAGGAGACGGUGUCCGGGCUCAAGGGCUACGUGGCCUUGGGCACCUGCCUGAUGCAGGGCGAAGAGGUCACCUGCAGGGGGAGGAUCCUCAUCUUGGACGUGAUCGAGGUGGUCCCCGAGCCUGGGCAGCCCCUGACCAAGAACAAGUUCAAAGUGCUGUACGAGAAGGAGCAGAAGGGCCCCGUCACCGCGCUCUGCCACUGCAGCGGCUACCUGGUCUCCGCCAUCGGCCAGAAGAUCUUCCUGUGGAGCCUGAAGGACAACGACCUGACGGGGAUGGCCUUCAUCGACACGCAGCUCUACAUCCACCAGAUGUACAGCAUCAAGAACUUCAUCCUGGCCGCCGACGUCAUGAAGAGCAUCUCGCUGCUGCGCUACCAGGAGGAGAGCAAGACGCUGUCACUCGUCAGCAGGGAUGCAAAGCCUCUGGAGGUGUACAGCAUCGAGUUCAUGGUAGACAAUAACCAGCUAGGAUUUCUGGUUUCCGAUCGAGACCAAAAUUUGCUGGUGUACAUGUACUUACCAGAAGCCAAGGAGAGUUUCGGAGGCAUGCGCCUCCUGCGGAGGGCGGACUUCAACGUGGGCGCCAACGUCAACGCCUUCUGGAGGAUGCCCUGCAGGGGGGCGCUGGAGCCGGGAAGCAAGAAGGCCCUGACCUGGGACAACAAGCACAUAACCUGGUUUGCAACGCUGGACGGGGGAAUCGGGCUGCUCCUGCCCAUGCAGGAGAAGACCUACCGCCGGCUGCUCAUGUUGCAGAACGCCCUGACGACCGUGCUCCCCCACCACGCCGGCCUCAACCCCAAAGCGUUCAGGAUGCUACACGCUGACCGACGCACUCUGCAGAACGCUGUGCGGAACAUUCUAGAUGGAGAGCUCCUCAACAAGUACCUUUACCUCAGUACCAUGGAGCGCAGCGAGCUGGCCAAGAAGAUCGGGACGACCUCAGACAUUAUUUUGGAUGACGUUCUGGAAAUUGACAGAGUGACGGCUCACUUUUAAGAGCCAGAGUUCCACCCCCAGAAUGAGCUGAACACAAGGGGAAUUCCUCCUGUUUUAUAUGGGAAAAAAACGCUUUAAGGAUUCUUUAUUGUUUUUGUUCAUUUUUGUAGUGUGUUUAAACAACACUGGCAACAAUGUGUUUUCAUAGACUAUUUUGUAAUCAAAAUUAAAAAAGGAAAAAAAAAA